AUUCUACAUAUAGCACUGAGGCAGCAUCAUCGGUGCCUGAGAAAUCCGAGAUCAGUGAUCGCAGUAACACCGUCUCUUAUCAACAUGGGAGUGACAUUAGUAGCGGUGUUCCUGUGCCUGAUGCUGGGGAUGGCCCUGGCACUGCCAGCCCCUGUGGCCCUGCCAGCCCCAGUGGCCCUCCCUGACGCUUUAGCGGAUCCUCAUCGCCAUCACUAUCGCAACAGAGGCUUCGGAGGCUUUGGCGGUUAUGGAGGCUAUGGUGGCUAUGGAGGCUAUGGUGGUUAUGGAGGCUUAGGCGGCUUAGGAGGUUAUGGUGGUUUUGGAGGCUUAGGCAGCUUAGGUGGCAUCGGAGGUUUAGGAGGCUUCGGAGGUUUCGGUGGCGGCCUAGGUGGCGGCUUUGGCGGAGGAUUCGGUGGAGGGUAUGGCGGCUAUUGGUAACAUUGACUAAUAUCACAAGAGAAAAAUCUGGUGGCCAUGAGUACCGUCCAGUAUGUUCCAACCUGAUGUCUGAAAUUAAUAAUCAAUAACAACCUUCCAAGACUUUAUACAUCACUAUUUCGGCUAGUACAAU